AUGUACCAAAUUAGAAACAACACAUUACAAUAUAAACAAAAACAGUUAAAGUAUCUUAAUAUUGAAAUUAACACUCAAAAUUCAAUAUUAAAUCAUUAUUUACAAACAACACAAACAACAAGACAACAUCAAAAUGACCUGAAAUGGAUAAAUAAAUUUGAUGAAAAUUUUGAAAAUAAUUUAAUAAAUAAACAUAAUAAUAAAAUACACAUAUUAAAAGAAAAACAAUUAACAACAUCAGCAACAACUAAAAUAACAAAUACAAAACUAAAAUAUGAUACUUCAAAUGUUAUCAACAUGCCAACAGUUUCAUUAAAUCAAGAACAUUUAAAUAUAUUAUCAAAAGGAUUGAAAUUUGUUCCAACACCAACAGCAAUUAAUACAAUAGCGACUAUUAUUAAUUGCGAAAAAAACAUUAAAUUUAAUAUGAAUAAAGAAGAAAUAAAAUCGAUUGAAGAAAUUGUUAUUGUUCAAGCUGAUAAAGGUGGAAAAAUAGUAAUUAUGAGUCUAUGGGCUUUUUUAUUUCAAACUGAAUUCUAA